CCAAAAAUGGACCUGUAACCCCUUAACUUUAACCCUUCUAUCCUAACCAAUAUUUCACUUCUUAUAGCUUUUAGUACAGGUGAUGAUGUCAUCGCCGCCUAAAUUUGAUAACUCGUAAUGUCUUUCGUGCAUCUCGCUUUGUUUUAGUUUAGUGUGUGUGAAAAAAGUGAUGUCAAUACAAAAAAAAGAAGAAGAAAAAAUAAAAAUCCUGCAACUUCAACCCAAAUUCAAACCCAAAAUCCAAACAAAUCUCAAAAAUAUAAAAAUAAAUUAGAAAACGAAAAACCCAGAAAAGCCGAGCCAACACACAUUUCCCUUCUCUCUCCUCUUCCGUUGCAGGGAAACAAGAAAGAAAGGAGAAGAGAAGAGAGGAGGAGGAGGGCGAAAGGUCAAAAAUAGAAAGAUCAUGCCCACAGAGGGACUCCCCUAAGAGAUACUCACCCUAAAAAAUGACUAAGCCGGAAGAGAAGCAUCUGCAGCAGUUGCUUCUGCAAUUGGAGAAGGUGCCACGCCCCCAGCUGCAGCAGAAAUUCGUGGGGCACUUCAAAAGCAAGGGCGGCAAGGACACCUGCAGCCUGGAGGACUUUGCCGCCUACUUUUUGGCUGCACUGCGUCAGACCACCAAGCCUUAUUUCUACUCUCGCAGCUCGGAGACUCCUGUUCAAUCUUUGACACCCAUUCGACAGCCCAAAGCACCACCAACCGACGAUGUGGUGAAGGAUCUGGAGGAGCAGCUACAGUUUAAUGAAUCUCUGAUCCUCAACAGGAGCGGAAACUCCGCAACUCCAGCUCGCCAGCAGCCGCAGGGUCGCAGAUCCACGCCAGGAAGUGGCGGUCAGUUUUGCAGCACGCCCAAUAGAAGUGGAGGAGGAGCAGCUCCUCCCGGAGGAGGUCAUAGCUUCUGCCUGGGCGACUUUCUGGUCACCACGCCCAACCAAAGCCAGCAGCGUUCCAAGAAGAAGACCACGCCACAGCAGAAUCAGCAAGGAGCCGUAACCACACCCCAAUCCAAACCCAGGCGAAGAGUUCUACCCAUGACCAUCAGCAAGAAUGUCUCGGCCAGCUCCUCCUCCUUUGGCGACACCAGUUCCUUUAGCAACGACAACAAUCUCUGGCGCAUCUCGCAGAGCAGCGAGAUCUUCGAUAGAAGUCAGGGAGCCGCCCUCGAAAUGGAGGCACGCAAAUCGCUGCUGCUCAACAAGCAGGAGAUCAAAAGUGAGGCUCCAAUCAGUCAGCAGGAGAGAACCCCCGACGAUGAGAUAUUCCCCGGGGAAACCUUCAAUCUGGAGGAUGUGAGCGAUACCCACCAGUUGCAGUUGCUGGCCAGCAUUUAUAGCCUGCUAAUGGACUUGAAUCUAGUGCCCAAUGUCCUCAGUGAACUGAGCUUUGUGAUGCAGUUGGUCAACAUAAGAGACUUUGGGCAAUCCUCUGCAGAAUCUGAAGCUCCCGCUGCCUUGGAGCGACUCACCCAGUACAAAAGUUGUGUCUUUUUUGCCUUGAAAAUGCUAGAAAAUCAGGAAAAGCUACUGCUACAAUUGGAUAAGAGAACCCUAGGAGUUCUCCUGCAGAACGAGAGAUUGAGCCUGCUGCCAGCGGCGAUGGUGCAACAACUGGAAAUGAGCUGCCAACAGAGACAGGAGCUGUCCACACCCUUUUCCCUGGACACCUCCUCCUCAUCGGCUCAACAGAAUGUCUACUAUCAUGUGGAAAAGGAUUCGCGGGACAACUUUCCCACGCAAAAUGAGUUCGGGGCCUUUAAAACCCAGCGAGAUUUGUUCUAUAAAACCCUCAAGCAGUGGGAGGUGAGCCACCUGAAUCGCAUUUUCAACUUUGCCAGCGAGUUGACUCCUCGGAUUAGGGAAAUCUUCAAGGUAUCGGAGCAUCCGGUGAAUAUGGCUCACUUUGCCAAGUUGUUUGUCAGUCAACUGCUAAUCUCCGCCACUGAAACCACCGAAUCUCCUGAAGAACUGGGCUUAAAACUGGAUCCUCUGAGGCACAAUAAACUCGCCCAGCGACUGGUGACCUCGAAUUCCAGUGUGGAGGGUCAGUUUCCCCGUUCGCAGGCCUUUUUCCGUGACUUUAUAGCCAGCUGUUCGUCGCUGGCUUUUUUGGUGCACCUGAAACUCGCUCUAUUUGCGCAGUUAGUGCGUCACAACGACUCCACCUUUGAUCUGCUCCAGCUGGCCGAGGAUGUGGGUACCGAGGAGCAGUCCGCUCAGCAGGGACCUUACCUGGUUCGUGUCCAGGCCAUGGCCAACAUGCUAAUCCUGGCCAAAUUUCUGGGCUAUGUCACUGUUUUGCCUUUCAGUGGGACUACCCAACAUGGCAAUCCAACGCCUCCACAUCUUUGCCCACAACAACUGCAGUUGCGCAGCCACUUUCAUCCGGAUUUCAAUCUCCGCGAGAUCUUGGAACGCUCUAUGCGGCAGGGCAAGCUGCUGAUCACUCUACCCUGGUUGGUUCAAUACCUGGUGAUGCUCGAUUUGGUCAGCCUGCAUCUUCCCGACUCGCUGGCCACCUUGGAGCUGCUCUACGGAUUGUAUGCGGGUUUGCAUAUGGAUAAACUGCAACCAGGAGCUGUGUUUAUGGCCAGGAGUUGCAUAGGCUGGCUGUUGGAUGCACAGCCGCAGUUGGUCAAUGGUUACUACAGUCAUAGGGCUUUGAUUAGUUCAUCAUCGGUUGUGGAUCUCUGCCUGAAUGGCCUGCGUUGCCAGGAGAAAUCGAAUAGUUCUUUACUAGAGGAACUUCUCCCCGUGGCUUGUCCUUUUCUUCAAGAGUUCCGCGUGAGCAUCACGCCCUCUCGUCAGGCGAAGAGUGGUCGGUUUAGGUACAUCACCACCAGGCUGGAGCAACUGCAGCAGACUGGCAGUGGUGUGGCCGCCAAGGAGACUUCUAGUGAGUUGACUCCCUCGGAGCAGCAGCAGCGCAAGUUGGCCGAUGCCUUCCUGCACUCGCAAAAUGCCUCCACCAGGCGGUUAAUUGAAUUCGUGACCGAACGCAGUUUCAAGUGCGUGGUGAAGGAUGCCCAGCAGGAGAUUCUACUGCCCUCCAAGUCGUCAGCGGAUGCUAGAGUGAAUGAAAUCAGCUCUAUAAAGCAGGAGGAGGUGUACCAGAAGCUGCAGCAGAUCUUCCAGGAGGCCAGGGAGAAGGUCUGUCAGCGGUGGAAGGAGCAAGUGCCUCAAAUGCUGGACAGGCGCAUAGGUCAAUCGCUGGAGGCCCUACUACCCGCCAGCACCAAUGCGGUGCUGCGUUCCACCUAUGCGCAUUUGAUUCGCAUUCAAGCUCAGUCGCAACUGCAGCAGUGGCUCCAAUCUAGUGUCCUCCAAUCCACAUUUUAUCAUGGGGAUCUCCAGGAACUUGCCAUUAAGGUUUUCCACUCCAACAGAAACAAGGCGGAUGCAGCUGGUAUUUCCAGCGGUGGCUCCACUGAACUCCAACUUAGACCAGAUUUGGGCUUCAGCUUGUCGGAGUUGCUCUUCCAGCUUCAACAGUGGCUGCACUGCCUCAGUUUGCGGCCCGAAAAUGUGGGAUGUCGGGAGGAUCUUGGAGAACUGCUCAAACAAUCCCAACAGGCUGUAUUGUUUCCCCAAAUGCCCACUGUUUUCUAUCACCUAAUUGGCUCGGGAUUGGUGCAUCUCCUCCAGCUGCUUAUCAACAGAAAACCAAGUUACCUUGAUGACCAUGUAAUCUCAUCCUGCUGCUCCGUGUGGCGUUCACCACAGUUCCUGGCCAGUGAAGCCUCACCGGGAAUCUACGAAGGCCUGCUCAGCAUAAGUUUUGUGCAGGAGAUGGGUCACAAUAUGGACAACUUUCGAAUGCUGGAAAAACUCCUGAGAUCCAUGCUGCAAUCAGGAGCCAUAAAAGCGGAUCAACUAAACGAACUCUUCAUGCCGCUCUUUGCGGAGAAUUGGCCACCGAAUGUGUGGAGCACCCUCUCCAAUCUCCUCCAGCAACUCUCGCUUUCGGGGAAGGAUACCUCCAACGAAAGCCACGAAGACGAGGCCAAAUCGCAUUUGUUUAUGGAAAUGCUGGCCGAUUUAUCACGGGAUCUGGAUAGUUUUUAAGUCCUAAACUGUUGGUUAUGUCAUUUCAAAUGUAUGUUUCGAAUAAAGCGUUUCUUUUUAUGUA